AUGAGUAGUUUAGAUAGAAAGAAGGAGAGGGAUGAGAGGGAGAACAGGAGUAGUUUAGAUAGAAAGGAGGAGAGGGAUGAGAGGGAGUACAUGAGUAGUUUAGAUAGAGAGAAGGAGAGGGAUGAGAGGGAGUACAUGAGUAGUUUAGAUAGAAAGGAGGAGAGGUAUGAGAGGGAAUACAGGAGUAGUUUAGAUAGAGAGGAGGAGAGGGAUGAGAGGGAGUACAGGAGUAGUUUAGAUAGAGAUGAGGAGAGGGAUGAGAGGGAGUACAGGAGCAGUUUAGAUAGAGAGGAGGAGAGGGAUGAGAGGGAGUACAGGAGUAGCUUAGAUAGAAAGGAGGAGAGGGAUAAAGAUAAAGACGGGGAAGAGGUAGAAGAUACGAGGGAAGAAGGGAAGAAUGGGAAGAAUGGGAAGAAUGGGAAGAAUGGGAAGAAUGGGAAGAAUGGGAAGAAUGGGAAGAAUGGGAAGAAGGGGAAGAAGGGGAAGAAGGGGAAGAAUGGAAAUAAUGGGAAGAAUGGAAAGAAGGGAAGAAAGGGAAAAAGGGGUGCUCAAAAAAGAGGGAAGGAAAGUCAAAAGAGGAAAAGGACAAGAGAUAAAUCUAUACAACCUAGAGAUAAAUCUAUACAACCUAGAGAUAAAUCUAUACAACCUAGAUCUAAAACUAUACAACCUAGAGCUAAAACUAAACAACCUAGAUAUAAACCUAUACAGUUAAGAGAAAAAACUAUACAACCUAGAGCUAAAACUAUACAACCUAGAGAUAAACCUAUACAGUUAAAAGAAAAAACUAUACAACCUAGAUCUAAAACUAUACAACCUAGAGAUAAAUCUUUACAACAUAGAGAUAAAACUAUACAACCUAAAGAUAAAACUGUACAACCUAGAGAUAAAUCUAUACAACCUAGAGAUAAAUCUAUACAACCUAGACCUAAAACUAUACAAUCUAGAGAUAAAACAAUACAACCUAAAGAUAAAACUAUACAAUCUAGAGAUAAAUCUAUACAACCUAGAGAUAAAACCAUACAACCAAGACCUAAAACUAUACAACCUAGAGAUAAAACUAUACAACCUAGAGAUACAACUAUACAACCUAGAGCUAAAUAUUUUCAACCUAGACCUAAAACACUAAAGUUCUUGUUCUAA